UUCGUGUAACUUAGUUGCUACGGGGUUAAGGAAAAAGUAGUGUUGAGUGUUCUUGAAGGCCUCCAGCUGAUUCGGCCGAGGGCGUCACUCGGGGCAAUUGGUGCUGAGACGAGUAGGAAACGUAUUGAUACGGCCAGAUACGGUUAGUCAUCAUCACAACAGACACGUUUUCGAUUGCGUCUGAUAAAACAAAAGUGUGGCUCGCAGUUCGUGAUGUGGAAAAAUCUGCCAAAUAGUUUGUGAUAAAGUGUCAAGUCCCUUUUGUUUCUUUGUGUGAGCAUGACGAUACGUCGCUUGAUAAUGAUCUUGUUUACCGUUCUUUAUGCCAGUUUACAUUAUAAUCCUGAGCACACAGGCUCUUGUUGAUUAGAUAGUUUUUUUACCUGCUCUUGUUAGAGUGGUUUGAGAGCUGGUUUAUCAGCCAUAUUUUUUUAAUUAAUUGCAUUAAGAGGUUCUUUAUUGGUUGUUUGUGGCGGCAGUGUGAUUGAGACCUGGUCAAUGGUUUCUACUUGUGUUUUUGUUGGAUUGCUUGCUGGCGAUGGCGACAAACAGGAGCGGUGCCGCGCGGCCGAACGGCGCGCCGCAGACCAAAGUCUGCCAGUUCAAACUGGUUCUCCUCGGCGAGAGCGCCGUGGGCAAGUCCUCGCUGGUGCUGCGGUUCGUCAAGGGCCAGUUCCACGAGUACCAAGAGAGCACGAUCGGUGCCGCCUUCCUCACUCAGACUGUGUGCCUCGAUGACACUACCGUCAAGUUUGAGAUUUGGGACGCUGCGGGGCAAGAGAGGUACCACAGCUUAGCACCAAUGUACUACCGAGGGGCGCAGGCCGCCAUCGUCGUGUACGACAUCACCAACCAGGACACAUUCGGCCGCGCCCGCAACUGGGUGAAGGAGCUCCAGCGGCAGGCGUCGCCGUCGAUAGUGAUCGCGCUCGCCGGCAACAAGAGCGACCUCGCCGCCAAGCGCAUGGUCGAGUUUGAGGAGGCCCAGGCCUACGCCGACGAGAACGGACUCCUCUUCAUGGAGACCAGCGCCAAGACAGCUAUGAACGUCAACGACAUAUUCCUAGCGAUCGCGAACAAGUUACCAAAGAGCGAAGGCGGCGGCGGCGCGGCGGCGGGCGGCGCGCGGCGCCUCAACGACGGCGAGCAGCCGCGCGCCGGCUCCUGCUGCAAGUGAUACACGGGGCAGAUAAAUUCGCUACCCUGGUCGGGCGCGCUCGGCGCAUGAUCCGCGCGGCGGCGCGCUAGCAUAUACACGUACGAGAUGUAAUUAAUAAAGAUAUAUUUAAUUUGGUUCAUGUUUUAGGCGGACGUAGCCGGCACGGCGCGGGCGGCGCGACUGCGGGAAUGUACAGAAUGCCCGACUUUAGGCCUAUUUACACGCCACUACCACACCUCGGACAAUGCCGGUCAAAUAUAUGAAAGACGCGCGUUCCUACGCACACAGUCUAAGCUCGUGUAGGUAAACGUGUAACUUGCUUGUAUGAGUGAGAUGAGACAGAUCGACUGAUCACGUUAUUGACAGGCGGUAACUGUGAGUUAACCGAGAGCGGGUGGGCGGCACUUUCAGAGGGAAGCAGGGAGUGGCCAUACUGUACGAUAAGUACUCUUUAUUAUACUUUGGCACUAAUUUAAUUACAGUGCGAUAUUUGAUUAGUAAGUAACUUCAACAGUCCGCAAUGUAGAAAAAAUCGCAUGCGAGGUCGCGUCCCGUGUAAAUAGGCCCAUAGACCGUGUACACAUAGAUAAUGUAAUUAAUUCGGGGUACUUAGGUUAGGAUUUUUGGUAUCUGAAUGUCAUUGACGUAUAAACAAAUACUUGAAAGUUAGGUAUAUCGCCGAUCUUGUGGAGAUACACAUGUUAAUAACUCGUAGUUACAGAUAUUUAAUAUAUUAAAACGUUUACCCUAUAGGGUAACAAACCCCCUUUUGUCCGUAAGCGCGCCGCCCGCGCUCGUUUUAGUCUAA